AUGGAAUUUACCUUUAUUAUUGGGGUUCGCCCGCUCGCGUCAAUCCCACUAGAAGCCGGCGACACUCCGUUCCGCUACAUUGAAUUUUCAACCAGCUGGGGAUUCCGAGGAUUCUUCAGAGUGUGGGUUGCGGAUGGAGCCAUCGAUCAGAAGACCAGGACUCUGUGCGUUCCCAAACCGGUUCCUGGCCUUGUGAGCGGAGAGCAAGCCGAAAUCACCGUCAAAGGUGGAAUAGCGUCAAGUCUAGACGAUAUGUGGAGCGCCACUGGCUCCACCGAUCCGUCGACCCUUGUCACCGUGCUGGAACGCUUCCAUCACAAUCAGUACGCCAAAAAACCCGCUGGCAAGGAGGACACCAGCUGGAACGGAAUUAUGCAGAAAAUUUUGAGCUUCAGGUAAGCCGACGGAUCCUUCCACGAUGCCGACGG